ACGUUUUCAAAUCAAAUUAUAUAACAAAAAACAAAAAUAUACUCAACAACAAGCCUAAGUAGUGAUAUUAAAAAAAAUCUCUUUUUUCAAAACUUCAAUAUAAUGCCUAUAUACAUAAAAUAUAUAUUUGAAAAUCUUUGUUAAAUAACAAAAACAAAAUAAUAACAUUUUCAAACAAAUAGCGUUGUGAACCAAACGAAAAAUAUCCUUUUUCCUUUUUGUAAAUCCAUCAAGUGAGAAAGUGGAAACGAGCCUGUCAACCUACCCCCCAAUGGCUAGGCAAAAAUAAUAUUCUAAACAUAACCUUAACCUUAAACUUGACAACAACAAAGAAAAAGGACAAAACCUAGAAGACAAAAGAAAACAAAAAAAAAACAAAAAAAACACAAAUCGAAGGCAACCCAGAGAACUGUAAACGUCAGCUGGAAUAAAAAAUAAUCUUCUGGGGCCCGACAACAGUGCACUGCAGUUCACAUUCAUUGGCUGACGUACAGUACAUUUUUGGCCGAGAACCAAAAAAAUCCGAAGCCCAGUUAUCAGCACCCAUCCUUUCUAGGCCAUCGCUGGGCUAGGCAACAAUUACGUUACCAAUCGAAGCGACGACCUUCGCGUGCCGCUGAAAAACUCCAAAAAAACAACAACCAACAAAAUUCCACUCUCAACACCUUAAGGACACAUUGGAAUACAUGGAAUGCACCCCGACUAGAUAACUGCAGCGUGUAGGACAACAUCAACUACAACUGGUCGCCACCCUACCCAGACCACCUCCCACCCGAAACAAACUGCGAAAAACAGCAAGGUUCAUUUGCAACACUUGUUUGCAGUUGGAAUUUCUUCCUUCCUUCCUGCCACCUGCCACACAACCAACAACAACAUUGCCAAACACUUCGUUUCUGUGAAAAUUCCCGCCAAAUUUGUUUGAGUGUGUGUCUGUGUCUCGCUCGCUCCAUGUGCUGCUUGCUGUUCAUCUAAUGUUCAUGCAAUGAUGAUACACCAAUAAAUCUUGGCAAAGCGUCAUGACCGGAAGUACGACAUUACAAAAAUGCAGGAAAUGAGUUACCUGCAGGAUAAUUCCAAAGUGGAGGCACUUACCAAAGCUGUUCUCAUCUCCAUAUUAGCCGUUGCCAUUAUUUUAUCGAAUCUCUUGAUUAUAGCCACAUAUGCCAAUUUCAAAGGUCCCACUGAGGUCAUCAAUUACUAUUUGCUGUCAUUAGCUGUAGCAGAUUUAUUAUGCGGUCUAUUGGUGGUGCCAUUUUCAGUCUAUCCCGCCCUGACUGGCGAAUGGAUCCAGGAGGAGAUUAUAUGUCGCUUCACAGGCUAUCUGGAGGUAACACUGUGGGCGGUAUCGGUGUACACCUUCAUGUGGAUAUCGGUUGAUCGCUAUCUGGCAGUGCGGAAACCUCUGCGCUAUGAGACUGUGCAGACAAAAACAAGAUGCCAAUGCUGGAUGGCCUUCACCUGGAUCUCAGCCGCCCUCCUCUGCUGUCCGCCCAUAUUGGGCUAUACGGCGCCGGUGAAAAACGAUGUCGCCCACAUCUGCAUGCUCGACUGGGGCAAUAUGGCGGCCUAUAGCAUAACUCUAGCAAUAUUAGUCUUAGGUCCCAGUGUUAUAUCCAUUGUCCAUAACUAUUCAUAUAUAUUCAUAAUGAUGCGCAAGCUCAAGUCGGGCGAGCCCAUACACGAUAAAGAAUACGCUACGGCGUUGGCCGAAAAUUUAUCGAAUCCAAGUCAUAUGAUGUCAUUUGCAUUAGUGUUUGCAUUCUGGAUGUCCUGGUUGCCGUGGAUUUCGUUACGUUUGUACGAACAGGUAACCGGUGAUGUUGUGCAAAGUACUCUCAUUAAUUUUGGCGUCGUCUGGAUCGGCGUGCUAAAUUCCUUUUGGAAGAUAAUAAUAAUGACCACGAUGUCACCGCAAUUUCGUAUCGCGCUCAGAGUAUUUUGCCUAACAAUAUGCUGUAAGACUAAGGGCCGUUUGCAAGCUGAACUAAUCGGGUUGGACCCAGAUGACUAGAGUCGUUAGAUUUUCAUGUGGCUUAAAGUGUAUCGAUGAGUACUACUGAAAUGCCUUUAUCCAAAAAAUUUUCUCCCACACCUAACCCCUCCCCCUAACCAGAUACACACACACAACUUUUAAAUUUUUUUGGAAAAGCUAACUCGCCCAGCCCAGCCCACCUUUCACACAAAACACACACUCACACAUUUACACAUAUUUUAGUAUGCCCCCAACGAUGGGAGUUCUUGAGGAACUUUAAUACAAAUUGCCCCACACACAAACACCCACAUACACACACACACCUCCACAUACUUUCCAUAAUUUUUAUUAAAAAUUAAAACCCCAAACCAAAAACUAGUUUAUUAUUCUCAUAGAUGAACAAAAAAAAAACAGAACUAAAGAUUUAAUUAAAUUGGUUGUAAUUAGAUGAAAUUAUAAAUAUAUUAAAAAAAUAAUUCAAUUUAAAUUAAAUAAUUAAACAAAAUACAACUUUAGAUAAAAAGUAAUGCAAACUGUACGUACAUACUAUUAACUAUACUUUGCAAAUAAAUGAAGAAAAAAAAAUAAUAUGAAAUUAUAAAAAUUAUAAAAAAAAAAUAAUCUAGCAUCUCUAAGCUAAAGUGAAUUAGUGCAACUAAAGUUGAUUAGCAUUUAAGUCUUGAUUUAUAAACAAAAUGAAAAAAAAAACAAAAACAUAACGAAGAAAAACAAUUUUCAUUCCAAAAUAAAUUUAAAAUAUUAAUUAAAAUCUAUGAAAAAAGUAUAAAUAAAAUCCAUAAUUAAGUUAUUUUUGAUAAGUAGUUUUAAAGGCAUAGAAAAAAAUGAAUAAAUUUAAUGAGCUUACACCAUUAAUUUUUUAUUUUUUUAUUUUAUUUUCAAAUCGAUGGCGAAUUUGAGAAAAUAAUUUCAUAAAUAAAGAUCUCAAAAUAUUUUCUUGGGCGCAGAGACACACAUAUAUAUUUUAAAUCGAAUUUUCAAACAGGCCGGCGCUACUUUAAUCAUAUUUAAAUGUUAAGGAUAAAAAAAAAUACUAAUUUUGAUUCCGAAAGUCAAAGGAAGUCUCCAAACAGUCUCAUAUCUCAUAUGAACUGAGACCUCUUCUUCUCUCAUUGAUUUAUAGAAGAUAUUUUAAAAGUUUUUCAAAAGUUCUUCAACUUUUUCUAGGAAAUCUGUUAGACUCUCUUUAAAUUACCACGAGAUAAUAGGUCUUAAAUACGGAAAUUUCGAGGAAAUUAUAUACCAAUAGAGAAGAAUAUGCCAGUGAAAUAUCGGUAGGUCAAAUAUUCUUUUAUCAGUGGAAGAUCUUUUGGUCUCUUCAUAUGUGGCCUAUAAGAGAUCUUAUGUCAAGAAAGAACGUCUUUAGGGUCAUUUGUCUAAAGAGGAACACCUCAUGAUUUUACCUCAAGAUGGUUCUGAAAAAAAAAAACCGAAAGUUAUAUGAUUUUAAUUAUAUACCAAUAGAAAAGUACAUUCUAGUGGAAUAUCGGCGGGUCUAAAUGGCCAAAAGUUCUCUUAUCAGUAGAAGACUUCUUAGUCUUCUCAUAUGGGGUCUGUAAGAGAUCUUCUGUCAAGAGAGAAUCUCUAUUGGAUCGUUUAUAAAGUGAGGAACGCUUGAAAAUCUUCAAUUCUAUUUCCUUAGGAAAUGUCUUCAAAUGACCAAAAAUGGGUCUUUAAAAACGGAAAGUCUCUGAAAGUUAUUUUCCAGUGGAUGGGUAUAUUUUCAAUAGAAUAUCGCUGGGUCUAAAACACCAAAAGUCCAUUUAUCAGUAUAAGAACUCUCGGUUUCCUGAUAGGGAACCUAUAAGAGAUCCGGUUAAGGGAGUACCCCUUUAAGAGCUUUUAUCAAGAGAGGAAUGCUUGACGAUCGUCUAUUAUAUUUUUCUAGAAUUUCCAUUAGACUCUCUUGAAAUUAGGUCUUAAAAAAAGUAAAUCUAUGAAAAUUUAUACCAAUAGAAAAUUAUAUUCCAGUGGAAUAUAGGUAAAUCCAAAAUGUCUAAAGUCCAAUUAUCAGCAGAAGAGCUCUUGGUCUUCUCUCAAGAAAUUACCUCUUUAAGGACGUUUAUCAAGAGAGGGACACUUGAAGAUAUUACUACAAGAUAGUUUUUAAAAAACGGAAACUCUGAGGACAUUAUAUAUGGAAAUUUAUAUUCCAGUGGAAUAUCGGUAGGUUAAAAUGGUCAACAGUUCUCUUAUCAGCAAAAGACCUCUUGGUCUCCUCAUAUGGGUGCUUUAAGAGAUCUCCGUCAAGAGAAUACCUCUUUAAGGUAUUUUAUCAAGAGAGGAUCGCUUAAAGAUCUUCAAUACUAUUUUUCUAGAAGAUUAUAUUCCAUAUUACCAGAAGAUAGUUCUUAAAGCAAGGGAGUCCGAAGGCUAUAAACCAGUAGAGGUGUACAUUUUCAAUGUAAUAUCUGUAGGUCUAAACGGUCAAAUGUCCAUUUAUCAGCAGAAGACCUCUUGGUCUGCUUAUAGGGGACAUGUUAGAUAUAUUCUGUUAAGAAAGUACCUUUUUAAGGUCUUUUAUCAAGAGAGGAAUGCCUGAUGAUUUUCAAUUCUACUUUUUCUAGAAGAUGGGUUUUGAAAAAGGAACGUCUGUUUUGAGCAGUGCUGCUAUAGACAGAAGGCUUUUAAAAGACUAAUUAUAUUUUUAGAAGAACUUCAGUGGAUAUUUUCUUUCUAGAUGGCAUGAGAUGACAGACUGGAUUUAAGAGGUUGUCACUUUAUGGGCAGACUUUUGUCCUCAAUGGAUAAAAUUCCUUUAAGAUCACCUCCUCCCAGAACUUUGAGAGGUCUUUCGAUAUAGACAGGAGAUUCUGCAUAUAUUCCAUAUUUUUGAGAGUCUUCCCUUUCAAAAAGUCUUUUAAGACCAUCCAGAGAGGGAAAUAGAGAGAGGCGUAUUCUAUUGCUGAGGAGAAUAAAUAUUAAAUGGACACAAAAGUUUAAAACGUUUUCAAAUUAUAAAAUUCCUUUGAGAUCUCUUGCAUAGGAAAAAAUACUACUGAUAGGUCUUCUAUGAGAGAAAAAUAGGCAGAAAACCUUUUGAGGUCUCUCGACACGCUUUGGCAUGCACUUCAAGGUUAUCUUUAAGAGUUAAUUUAUCUUUUUUCGGGAGGAUUUCAUCUGUCCUUAUAAAGUCUUUGGCCUAAUUUAUCAAGUUAAAUUGGCCUUUCGGGCCUGUGGAAGGUCUUAAAUCCAUAAAAGUUUGAUCUGAAUUUGUGAUAUAUAUUUCGUAUGGAUAUAUAUUUCGUUGAACCUCAAAGGAUUGAAAUUUCUAAAUUUUCUAACUAUAGAUAGAAUACCUUUUGAAGGCCCUCUUACUAUAUAAGAUAUGUAUAAAAUUAUAAGUUUAUAUUUAUAUCUAAAAGACUUUUAAAUUAUUCCGAAAAUGUCUCCUAACAAUGGUAUUGGCUUUUCGACUAUAGAUAACAUAUGUUUUGGUCCUCGAAAAAUUGAAACAAAAAUCAAAAAUUGGUCUUUGAAUUUUAAGUUUUCUUUUAAUGGUAUUUAAAUGAACGAAGCAAUUUACAGAUUUCUUCCAGCAAAUACAUUGAAAACCGAGAGCCCUCCUUUAUUAACUCAAGUCUUUUUGAGAAUUUUGGUUCUCGGAUUUUGGAUAGUGCAUUCGAAAGGCGCAUAUGAACUUCAUUUUGUACUCGAAAAAAUAAACAUGGGCACAAACCUAAUUAGAUACCAAUAUAGAGUCAUGUGUAGAAUUCUGGAAAAGAAAUUCUGAAAAUCAAAGAUCGGUCGAAGACUUUAUACAUUUCCUUGUCUCCUUCAAAUUAAGCCCAGAUAUGAAUGAAUGAAUACUGCUAUUCAUAUGUGUGUAAUAGAAAUUUUAGGAUCUUUAGUCGAUAGCAGUUAAGUUUUUUAUUUCAAAAUAUAUUUUUAAAGCUUUCUGUUUAGAGUAAUAAUAACAAUAGUAGAUAUAUAUUGAUUAAAUAUAAGUCAAACAUUUGUUGCCAAAAAUAAAACUCACUUAAAACAAUAUCACCGACAUCAAUAUCAAUAUUUUUUAUUUCUCAAAACACAGCAUCACAAUAUUAUAAAUAUGGCUACGGUCUGUGGGUGUGCGAACAAUUUUAAUCGACUUUCGUUUUUUGAAAUAUUUGCAACAGUCUUCGUUGACUUUCAGGUGGUGUCAUUCCCAGAGGAAGUCCAUACAAAGGCAUGGCAAUGUAAGGGCUAGACAAAAUACAUUAUGAAGAAGGAUAUUUAUAACAUAACAUACAGGGUGAGAUAAAAAAAACUGCAACAAAGUCAAACGCCAUAAUUUUUACAUUUUUUUUAAAUUUUAAUGAAUGAAAGCAAAAAAAUGUCGGAAAUAGCAUCAAAUGUUAGAAUAAGUUUAGAUUUGUUCGAAUUGGUCACCUUUGGCACGAUAUAUGGCCUUCAAACGGGCAAUGAAACCAUCACACGCUUUUCGAAUUCUGCUCUUCGGUAUUUUGGCCCGUUCCCGGCGAAGCGUUUGCUUGAGGUGAUCGACACU